UCAAAUAAAGUUUGUAAACAGUGACUUUAGAGCGCACGUAGAGGUCAUUCUUCCUGCUUGCUGCAAGAACCUGGGGCGCAUCCGGAACCGUGCAACAUGGAACAAAUUGCUGGACAAGUGUCGGAAAAGGACUUUGAAGCUGCUCUCAAAGGAUUGAACGAAUUAAACAUUAGCAACUGUGUCUACGACCAAUUCAAAAGCGAAUCAGAUAAAAUCUUGGACGUGUUCCUAACCUGCCACACCGAUGGUGAUUAUCAGAACAAGAUCGCCAUCAAAUGCCUCAACCUGCUGAAACGAUCGUGCGCCUUGGGUGAAUCCUUCCAAAAUGAGAUAAUUUCUAAAGAACCGUUGCUAGGCAACAUCUCGAAAAUUCUGAACGACGAUGGCAUUCCGGAGAAUGUAAGACUGAACUGUCUGCAGCUGCUGGCAAAUCUGUGUGUUCAGAACAAACCAAACCAGCAACGAAUACUGGAAGAAUUCAAGGAAUACCUCCUGAAAUGCAUCCAAGCUAACACUGGUUUUACCAAUGCCGCCACGAUGCUCGUGUACAAUGCAUUUAUCUACAAAGCCGACAUUGGUCUGGAUGCCCAAGAACUGCUAACGGUUCUGCUAGAAAAUGUGGAAACCAAUCGUCGGACCCAGCAGGAAGCGCCGGAGUUUGUGGCAAUCUUUCUCGAGUACCUUAUGUGCGACAGCAACGAGGUCGUAGAAGGCUACGAACGGAUCGAGUGCGAGAAGCGCAUCUUGUUUGUACGCUACCUGAACGAGUACAUCCGACAGGAUCAAGAUCGACGAAGCAGGCCACUGCAGCAGGAUCUGUUCAAGCAUUUGCUGGUCGAUUUCAAGAAGAAGUCGGAUUGUGUGCUAAAGACGGUCGAUAGCUACUUGGAUGGGGAGAAAACCGACGAGGUGUUCACGCUGUUGGCGUUUUUCGCCGAUGCUACUUGCGUGGAACCGUACGGGUCAUUCUUGCGGCAAGAUGGGGCGCUGUUCCUGAACAUGGGAUGUCUUCUUCGGCAGCUACAAACCAUCGGUAAAAACGAAAAUGGAAACAUGUUUACCCCGGUUCAGAAGAUUGAGGAGAUCCUCAAGGUGAAGCAAGGCAACAGUGAGCUGAACAUUGAACAAGACAUUUCCUUUACGCUCAAGUCUUCGCUGGUGAAGGCUUUGGCCAAUUUGUCGUACAAGAACAAAAAGAACCAGAACCUGGCCCGCGACAUGCAAAUAAUGGCGGCAAUUCUAGAGUGCACCAAUCUGGACGCGAGAAAUCCACUAAUCAAAGAGUGGAGCAUCUUGGCGAUCAGAAAUCUGUGCGAUGAUAACUUGGAAAAUCAGAAAUUCGUGGCAUCUUUGACAAAGAUUGGCGAUGCUGAAAACUCUCUACUAACAGAAUACAACAGCGCCGGAGGGACCAUUCGGAUCAAAGAUGGCUGCAGCGCCCCCUCACCGUCUUCUCGGGGACAGUAAAGUGGCACGUGGACCUACCCGGGGAUCACUACUGUGUUCAAUAUUUAUUCGCAUUAUCAGUCAGCCUUACCUUCAAAAUACUGCGACUAGAGUGACGGACGUCUUACGCAAACAGCUCAGAUGGAAAUUGAUCGUAGAACAAAGCUGGAUUUGGUUUGCUGAUCGGUUUCUUUUCAAAACUGAAAAAUAAAAAAAAUGUCAAAUUUUGUUUUUCUUUAAAUCA